AUGAAGGCGGCCCUUCAUGCCGGUGCCAACCCAAAUGAAAUGGACCACGAACCCGAUAAUCGUCGCAGUUACGGCCGCCCGCUCCAUUGCGUUGCUCACGGCAACGGUCCAGCGGAUUUCAUGAAAGAGAACAUUCCGCUCACUAAGCUACUACUCGAAUAUGGUGCUGAUCCCUAUCUGCCAGGCCCAAAGACCGCACAGGUCUGGGCUUCGCUAGGAACUCCAUUAUGCCACGUGGAGCAGUUGGCCACUUUACCUAAUCAGGGUUUGAACCAACUACUUGAGUGUGGCUUCUGCCAGGAGGCCUAUCAGAUUAUGGAAAAGGCUGCCGAUGACUUGGAUUCCAAGUAA